GGUACCAGCACUACGCCUGUGAAACGAAAGCAUGUGAGAGGGACUCACGAGGUGUCGCAGAGAUGGACGCUACUGACAGGUGUUUCAGGACGAAGAAGCAAGAUCUACGACUAGUGAUGACUCAAAUGACGACUCGGGAUUAGGCGAGGAGGAGUAUGAAGUUGAGUAUAUCGUCAACUCUAGAUGGCGAACGAUACAAAAGCGCAAGACAUUGGAGUACCUCAUUCAUUGGAAAGGAUAUAGCGAGAAGGAUCGCAGCUGGACGAUUGCGAAGCAAUUUGACGAUGAUGACCCGCCUGUCAUUGACUUUUACACGAAACAUCCUGGAAAGCCUCGAAUGGGAUCUGAUACCACACCUAAGCAGACGGUUAGGAUAGCCAGUGCUGGACCAUCCAAAUCUUCUCAACCUCGAAACAGCUCCCCUCUGCGUCCACCAUCUACCAGGGAGACUCGGCCGCUCACUCAGACAAAGAGGGUCCAGGGCGAUCUGAGGAAUUGGUUUGGCAACCCUGACACGACUCAAUCUCGCGGAAAGGAAAAUGCUAGAGUGGUCAGUACGAGCAGUGCCAAAGAGGUCACACCUGUCAAGUCGAAGGACAAAGCGGCCAGCAAACCGGUCAAGAAGACCACUCCACCGCCAAGGAAGAAGAAGAGGGUGAUAGUCUCGGAUGAUGACGCCGAUGAGGAUUUCGUCAUGGACGAGGACAAGCAGGAGAGUGAAGAGGAAAGCUCGUAUUCCGCUGCAGAGGAAGAAGGAGAUGGUAGUGUUGAGGCGGACGGACUUGUCGAGUCAGAUGCCGAGGAAAUCGUCGUGGAGAAGAAGGCAAAGAAAUACGGUGGAUGGGGCAACACGAUCAAGGCGCCGAAAAAGGCUCCUGUGAAUCUGGGAAGCUACAAGACUGGCAUCAAGCCCUUGGAAUUGAAGAUGGACAAAGGCAUCGCCGCUAAGAAUCUCAGCGAAGACCUGCCUCCUCUAUCUGACGUGGAGGCGAUGUUUGAUCAUCUUGUCUCGCGUGUACCAGACCUUGUCAAGGUGGUCGAACGCCUGAAUGGUCGUAAGCUGAGAGUAGCCACCAUGUGCUCUGGUACCGAGUCGCCCGUUCUGGCUCUGAACAUGAUCGCAAAGGCCAUCAAAGUCCAGCACGGUCUGACCCUGUCGUUUGAUCACGUCUUCUCUUGCGAGAUCGAACCGUUCAAGCAGGCGUACAUUGAACGAAACUUUUCCCCGCCCAUCUUAUUCCGAGAUGUCACCGAGCUAGGCAAGAACAAAGCUCACACGGCUUACGGAUCCAUGGCCAAAGUGCCGGGCAACGUUGAUCUCUUGAUCGCAGGGACGUCUUGUGUGGACUACUCCAACUUGAACAACCAGCAGCAGAGUAUCGAGGGGAACGGCGAGUCUGGACGGACUUUCCGAGGGAUGAUCCAGUGGGUCAAGAAGCAUCAACCGCCAAUCGUCAUAUUGGAAAAUGUAUGCAAUGCACCGUGGGACAAGGUGGUGGAAUAUUUUGGUCAGAUAGACUAUGACGCCCAGUAUGCGAGACUUGACACGAAAGAGUUCUAUAUCCCUCACACGCGGACCCGAGUCUACCUAUUCGCCACCCCCCGUGGCAAUGACAACAAGAGUCACCUCGCUGACAAGUGGGUUAUGACCGUCAAAGACAUGAAACGACCUUGGUCAUCGUCAUUUGAAAACUUUCUCCUGCACACCGAUGACCCAAACAUCCACCGCGCCCGACUUGAUCUCGCUGCGGCCAAAGCUUACAAGGACGGGACGCAGCGUAAACCUACCGAUUGGAAUCGAUGCGAGUCUCGACAUCAGUUCGCCCGACAUUCAGAAAAUCUUGGAAUCCUUCGACCGCUCACAUCGUGGCAAGAAGCUGGAGUUUGUAAAGGUCUCGAUUGGACCUGGAACGACUGGCUCUUGUCUCAGACAGAGCGAGUCUUGGAUCUGCUAGAGAUCUCGACCCUGCGAAUGGCGAAAGAUGGCAUCGACUCUGGGUUCAAAGCUUGUAUCUGGAACGUCAGUCAGAAUGUGGAUCGACAGACUGGAUCUAACAAAACGGCUUUGGCACCGUGCUUGACGCCCAACAUGAUCCCAUGGGUCACCAAUCGAGGAGGUCCGGUCACUGGUCGGGAGGCUCUGGCUCUUCAGGGAAUCCCGGUUCGAGAACUACUCCUGACAAGUGAGAACGAGGACCAGCUCGCCGAUCUCGCUGGAAAUGCCAUGACCACGACUGUUGUCGGAGCAUCGAUGAUUGCAGCCCUCAGGGUGGCUCUCGAUCGACUGACACCUGGAGAGAAUGCCGAAGGAGACGCCACGCAGAUUGAACAAGAUGCUGUCGCUGUGGACGAUGAAGCUACUCAACGCAUUGUGGGAGACGACAAGCUCGAGACACACGAAUUAGACCUCGCCAAAGUUGAGACGGCGAAUCUUCAGGAAAUGCUCGAUCUCGCCUUGCAAAGUUCAAGACACUGCCAAUGUGAAGGUCAAUCGGGGACGGCUUCCCCGAUCGAGGAAUGUACGGCAUGUGGAUACAAAGCUUGCAAAGCUUGUGGCGGCCGACCUGACCACCAUUACGCGCCUUGUGGCAAUGACCGUGUGGAGCCGACCGAGUUUGAGAGGAAGUUUAAAGAGCUACUACCGAUGCGUGUCAAGGUCGCUGGUUUAACCGAGGAGUCGCUGAGCGUCUCGAGAGCUGCGGCACUCAGGGCGGGCAAAGGCGAGGUCUCGGACAAAGACUGGUCAUCUUGGAGCUCGGCAGUUGUCGAGGGCGUCAUGGAUGCCGAAUUCCGAUUCCGAUACCUCAAGCGAGGAUACACGUGGACAGCGGUGUACGAAGCACCUCAUGCCAGUCUCGACUUGUUUCUUCAUCCCCAGACCCCCGAAUGGCGACUCACUAUCAAAGCACCACCCACCGAAGCAGUCAACAGUCGCUUGAGAAACUUGGUCCUUCAUCCGGUCGCCCGACUUCGUUUCGAUAUUCAUGGCAGUGAUGUGCUUUGCGGGCCGUGGGAAGUUUGUGUGCCGUCCAAGCAGAGCUUCGACAUACAGAUCACUGGUCGAGGCGAGACUGUUCCCAGCUGGCACGCCCUGCUCGGUCUACAGGGAGAUUUGGGGAAAAGCAAGCGUUGGUCCAAGCUUGAAGUGUCUGUGCCUGCCGAAGCCAGCCGAGCUCUGGAUCGAGACCUUUCUGGUACAUACGAGCUGCUUCCCAAAUGUGGCCAGGCCAUGACCUCUCUCCACAAAAAGAUCUCUACAGGUGGUGACGAUGGUCUCGCUCAAAUCUUCUUCUUCUUUGACCCUACGCGAUGUGGCGAACCGGAAGAGGACUGUUUCGUGUUCUCAACCAGAACGGAACGAUUAGAUGCCGGUGUUGAGCGACCCAUCAUCGCGUCGCUGAGCAAGAAAUGGAGAGAGUCCGCCAAGGAGCACGAGACUGUCCGGCUCGACAUUCGGGGAGGAUGGGUCAAAUGUGACAGUGCUCACUUGACCGCCGUGGGCGGGAACGAGAUCGCAGUCGUGGCGGAUCCAGGUGCUCGAACGCACGAAGACUCGGCGACUUUUGCUGUCCCUCCAAACGCUGCUUCCGUCACCGAGGCAACCGAGUCACAAGGCUGCCAACACGCAUCUGCCAUCUUGGCUUGUCAAGUGCCUCUUGACCCUGGUCAUUCCGAGUCCAUGUGGCGGAAUGGUGCCUGGGGCGAAAUUGACCUGAUGCAUGCUGGUAAUGCGACAUUCGCGAAUCUCGCCUGGAUCACCGAACGCAUCCCCUUGCUUGGCAACCUCGCGCAAUGGAAUAUGCUCUCCGAGGAUGCCUCUGGACAUGCUUGUGAACGAUGUGCACCUCGACCUCCGAAGAUUCACUGGAUAAAGCGUGAGGGCAAGCUGAACAAGAAUGGUAACAAAACAAGGAGCCCAAUCGUGGCAUUUGAGGAUAAGUACGAAGCUGGCCGAUACGAACAUGCGCUUAAACACCGACCAUCCCCAUUCGUCCUCCAACUCCGACUCGAUGACUCUACUGGCCGCUUCAGGAUCGGUUUGAACAUCGUUUCUCUCGCUCAUCGGGCCUUGUCUCGUCUGCCUCUCAAUGCCAAGAAGGGCACAAUCAAGCUGUCGUGGAAACUUACGCCUGGUCAAGUCGCCGAUGUCCCAGAGCCCCCUCGAGUGUUCAUCUUACCCAGUAACAAGUUAGACCCGCAACACGCUCAACCCAGAGGAUUCCAACUUGAUCUCAGGAAGGAACAGUUGAGGUCUCUCUGGUGGAUGCUGGAACGGGAAAAAUGCAAAGGAGAGACACACACAUUCAUCGAAGAGGAGAUAUCUGAAGCUGCAUUGCCGUCGCUCGGGUGGCGAGCAGAGGGCAAGGCAGAGAGACCCGUCAUGAUUCGUGGAGGAGUCAUUGCGGAUCAAGUCGGAUACGGGAAGACCAUCAUCUCGUUGGCCUUGAUUGCGGAGAGCAAAGGUUUGGAAACUCCUGAACCUGCUCCCCAAGGCUCGAUUGAGCUCAAAGCGACGCUCGUUGUCGUCCCUGGACAUCUGAGCAAGCAAUGGCCGAGUGAGAUCACCCGAUUCACAGGCAAAAUGUUCAACACUGUCGUCAUUCAGAACAUGGCAGACCUCAACAAACUCAGCAUUGCCGAUUUAUCCAAGGCGGAUAUCAUCGUCCUCGCUUCAGAGAUUUUCGAAAGCGAUGCCUACUGGCAACGAUUCGAAUACCUUUCUGCUCAGCCUGAUGAUUGGUUGAACGACAAGAACGGAGGUCGAUUCUUCAGUGAUCGAUUGGAUACAGCUCUGGCUUCUCUGGAGCAGCAGACAGCCCUGUUGGCUGGAUCAGGAGGUGCUGAAUCUGCUCUCAAGACAAUGGAAGAAGCUCAACGGGAGGCCGUGAAAGAGGCUGAGAAGCGAAAAGAAGCUCAUAAAACGGCAAACUUUGGAAAACGAAUGAAAGGGCAGGCAUAUCGUAAUCGGUACGAUGCGGCGGAUGGCAAGAAGAUGCCUACGAAGGACUCAGAUAAGUGGGAAGCCUCUGGUGACGAGGAGGAAGAUGAUGAGUUACCUUUGCCGGUGCCUACAUUCCGCAAACCGUCCGGGACCAGCUCCUUUGGUAGCUCGACGGUCAAGGGUAACCACAAGCUUCUCGCCGCUCCGGUCUUCCACAUGUUCAGAUUCCGUCGAGUCAUUGCAGAUGAGUUUACGUAUUUGGCGAGUCGGUCUCUGGCAUCCAUCUUGAGGCUCAAAUCUUGCUACAAAUGGGUCUUAUCGGGUACACCACCCGUCGGUGAUUUUGCGGCUAUACGAAGUAUCGCAGCGUUCAUGGGUAUCCACCUCGGCGUGGACGAUGAUGGCGAGACACCCACGCAAAGCUCAAAGGCUCGAGCUAAAGAGCAAACACAAGCGGAAAAGUUUCACGCAUUCAGAGAGGUCCAUUCGCAGGCGUGGCAUCGACGUCGUGAUGAUCUGGCACAAGAAUUCCUAAACACCUUUGUCAGACAGAACAUUGCAGAAAUCGACGAUAUACCGACGAUGGAGCACGUUCAUGAAGUCAAGCUGCCUGCCUCCGAGGGGGCGGUUUAUCUCGAAUUAGAGCAUCAUCUCCAAGCGCUGGAUAUGCAAGCUCGUAAGGAGACCAAAUUCAAGAAUGUCACAAUCGGAGAUAGAAACGCCCGAUUGGAGGAAGCUCUCUCCGACUCAAAGACCGCCGAAGAGGCUCUGCUCAAACGGUGCUGUCAUUUUACACUCGAUUUGACCGACAAGGAGCUUGACGCAAAGUCUGCCGCGGAGGCGUGUCAACACAUUUCGUCGGCGCGUUCGAGCCAGCUCACCGCUUGUGAGGAAGACCUGUAUCGGUCCAUGAAUAUUGCCGUCGGCUAUCACCUCUACAUCAAGAAGAAGGGUCACUUUGGCAAGUCUGAUCCGGAUGCCCAGCCAUUCCGAGACUUUGUCAUUCAGUCUUACGACACGUCGACCCAUCAAGGUGAUAAAGAGGCGGCGGAGCGAUUGGUUCAAGUGCUGGAGAAAUGCGGAUUCAGACAUACCGACUUCCCUAGCGAGCGUGCAGAUGGCAAAGGUCCAGAGAUUGAGAAGGGUGCCUCUGUCGAUGAUGUCAAGUGGAGUUUGAGGGAACAAACACAUCUCCUUCGGCGACUGUCCAAAGAACUCGUCGCUCGAGUUCGAUCCCUUCGAUUCUUUGAUGUGGUUCGGAAACUUCAGCUUGACGGUGCUGAAGCCAAAAUCACCCUCGAGGGAUCAGGCUGCAGUCACAAACCUUCAACUCAUCCUGGAGUCGAAAUGGCCGUCCUGUCCUGCUGUGGGCACGUGGCAUGUCACGCUUGCAUGCUCCAAGCUGCUGAUCAACAGGCCUGCAUUCGACCGGCAGACUGUCGAGCAGCGGUUCGAUACACCAAUGUUGUCAAAGUAUCUUCUCUAGGUAUCGAGGGUGAAUUGUCAUCUGGACGAUUUGGUGCCAAACUUCAGCGUCUGGUCGAUCUGAUCCAUACCAUUCCACCGAAAGAACGUAUCCUCGUGUUCACCCAAUGGGACGAUCUAGCCAACAAGGUUGGUCAAGCGCUAGAAGCCGGAGGUAUAUCGCAUGUCAUUUUCUCCGGUUCAGUCAAACAACGUGCCCUGACGCUCGCGAAUUUCCAAUCGACAGAUGCCCAAUCUGCUCGCGUCCUGCUCUUGAAGAUGAACGACGCUUCGGCCGCUGGCUCAAAUCUCACGACUGCGAAUCACGCCAUUUUCCUCGGUCCGUUGUUCACCUCGUCCUUGUACAACUACCGAGCGGUCGAGACUCAAGCCAUCGGUCGUGUGAGACGAUAUGGUCAAACGAGAAAGGUCCACAUCCAUCGAUUGUUGGCUUUGGACACGAUUGAUAUGCGAAUAUUCAAUGAGCGAAGAGCGGAGAUGGAGGCGAAACCAGAUUACGUGCCGAUCCCUCAGGGAGAAUACGUGGCGGGCAAGGCAAGCGGAGGCAAGAAACAGCAGGUACUUGAUGCCGUAGAGGUUGAUUAGUGGGAGACGUGGAGACACACACAAGAAGAUUGGUGGUCUUGCUAUUGUUGGUGUUCAUACAGUUUUAUUUCAUGGCAUAUGCAUUUCAUAACGAUUCGU